GCUGCCACUAGGGCAACAGUGUUCGGUAUCGCUGUGUUCCUAGACGGGACCAAAUUAUGUUGCACCGGGUGUAACCAACGAGCUAACCUUAGGCUAAUUAGAUGUAGCUAGCUAGCUUUUAGAUUCUUGUCGUCGUACGCAGCUGUAGGAUGAACAUUAUACGAACGAUUACUGAGGGAUACGAAUGAAGCUCAUUGGCUUCCCUUUAUUUUACGGCCAGACUACUGUUGUCGUCGACGUAUCCCGUUUAGUUGUUUGCAUCAUCAGCUCUCCGGUCUUGGUCAGUUAGCUGGUUAGCCUCUUCAGCUAGGCACGGUAGCGUAUGGGUGUCAAAGUUAGCUGUGACUCCACCGGGUGUCUGGUUGCCUGAUCUCACAUUUCGGACACGUCAAGGUUCCUCAAAUUUGUGUCUUGAUUGUGGGGGCUGUGAUGUCAGAGCCCAAGACCCCCACUCCAACCCCAGCUGGCGAUACAUACAAAGGAUGGGUGUUCAAGUGGACAAAUUACAUCAAGGGUUAUCAGCGGAGGUGGUUUGUCCUGAGUAAUGGGCUGUUGUCAUACUACAGAACCCAGGCAGAGAUGGGCCACACAUGUCGGGGCACAAUCAACUUGGCCACAGCAACUAUCACUGUGGAUGAUGCCUGCAACUUUGUCAUCUCCAACGGUGGGGCACAGACGUAUCACCUGAAGGCCAGCUGUGAGGUGGAACGUCAACGCUGGAUCACUGCCCUCGAGCUGGCCAAAGCAAAGGCGGCACGCAUGCAGGCUGAGUCAGAUGACUCUGGGGACGACUUCUCACCAUCAUCUGCACCGGUGGCACCUGGACAAGGCGGCGGGUCGCAGAAUUCAGAAGUCCAGUCUGCUCUCAGAACACUAGGCAGCAAGGUGGAGGAUCUCAGCACGUGCAACGACCUGAUCUCAAAGCAUGGCUCUGCUCUCCAGAGGUCUUUAUCAGAACUGGACAGCUUGCGUCUAACUGGAGAGGCUGGGGAUAAGAUUCGUCAGGUCACAGAAAGGGCCACGCUGUUCCGCAUCACGUCUAAUGCCAUGAUCAAUGCAUGCCGAGACUUCCUCACUCUGGCUCAGGGUCACAGUAAGCGAUGGCAGAAGGCCCUGCAGGCAGAACGGGAGCAGAGGGUAAGGCUGGAGGAGACUUUAGAGCAGCUGGCCAAGCAGCACAAUCACCUGGAACGAGCGUUUAGAGGGGCUGCACAAGCUAAUGCUACAGCAGACAAUAAAAGUGCUGCUGGGCCGGGGAAAGGUGAGGCCAGUGAUGAGGACGAUGACAAUGAGUUCUUUGAUGCCAUGGAAGAGGCGCCUGAGUUUAUCACUGUACCCGCAGACCCACAGUUCCACAAAAGGUCGAGCAGUAAUAUCAGCGGUUUCAACAGUGAAAUGUGUCCUGAUGAUCAGUCGCUUAAUGAGGAGCCUCUUGCAAUGAACCAGGAAUCCCCCUCUCUGGAGUUGGUGCCCUUGAAGAAGAGGCGGGCUAGCAUCCCAGACAAACCCAACUAUUCCCUCAACCUGUGGAGUAUCAUGAAGAACUGUAUCGGCAAAGAGCUGUCCAAGAUCCCAAUGCCUGUGAACUUCAAUGAGCCCAUUUCAAUGCUGCAGCGGCUGUCAGAGGACCUCGAGUACCACGAGCUGCUGGAUAAGGCCGCAAAGUGCCAGAGCUCCUUGGAGCAAAUGUGCUACGUGGCCGCCUUCUCCGUGUCCUCCUACUCGACCACCGUCUACCGCACAGGCAAGCCCUUCAACCCUCUGCUGGGAGAGACGUAUGAGCUGGACCGCCGGAGAGAGAGUGGCUACCGAUCCCUCUGUGAGCAGGUCAGUCACCACCCCCCUGCAGCAGCGCAUCAUGUGAUUUCUGAUCGCGGCUGGACUCUAAGGCAGGAAAUCACUGUUGCCAGCAAGUUCAGAGGCAAAUAUCUCUCCAUAAUGCCUUUAGGCACAAUUCACGCAAUCUUUGAAAAGAGCAAAAAUCACUACACAUGGAAGAAAGUUACCACCACAGUGCACAACAUCAUCGUAGGAAAACUCUGGAUUGAUCAGUCUGGAGAGAUAGACGUAGUGAACCACACCACUGGAGACCGCUGCCAUCUGAAGUUUGCUCCUUACAGCUACUUCUCCAGAGAUGUGGCCAGGAAGGUGACAGGUGUGGUGAUGGACAAGGAUGGCAAGGCCCACUACGUGUUGUCAGGGACAUGGGAUGAGAAGAUGGAGUUCUCCAGGGUGAUGCAGAGCAGCCGAGGUGGAGAGAACGGAACUGAGGGCAAACAGAAGACGGUCUACCAAACACUCAAAGCCAGAGAGGUCUGGAGGAGGAAUCCUCUACCUGAGGGAGCAGAGACCAUGUACUACUUCACUGGCUUGGCUCUGACCCUAAAUGAGCCUGAGGAGGGCGUGGCGCCCACCGACAGCCGGCGCCGGCCUGACCAGCGUCUGAUGGAGGACGGUCGCUGGGACGAGGCCAACGCUGAGAAGCAGCGGCUGGAGGAGAAGCAGCGAAGCGCCCGGCGGGAAAGAGAGAGGGAGGCCGCCAGUCAACGCACCUCCAGCCAAUCAGAAGAAGCUGUCGAUGAGGACUCUCUUACUGAUCCCUCCUUAAAAAGCUCACCUCAUGACAACUACCAGGCACUUUGGUUUGAGCGCUGUGAGGACCGAAUCACAGGUGAGCAAAUCCAUAUCUAUAAGGGAGGCUACUGGGAAGCUAAGGACCGUGGCAGCUGGGAGGGCUGCCCAGACAUUUUUUGACCAUGGUGUUGACUGCAAAGUGCCCUGAAGAGACUGAUCCAUCAAAGCCGCCUGGUGGACAGCUACCACAAAGGCCUGCUUGUCCCCUACUUGGAGGGCUGCUUCCCUCCAGUGGCUCUCUGUUCUAAGAGAUCUCCAGGAUGGUCACUGCUGUCCGAUCCAGAGGGAGCAGGGUUUUCCCUCUGGCCUCCCUCAUCCCCAUUUUGGUUCCUGUCACCUUGAGUCUUAGCGUCUACCCCUUUGUUGCUGUCCCACAUCUGAGAGGACUGGAAUGAAAAUUUCUGUGCUGCUUUGACAUGGGUCAGGCUGAGCAUAAGGGGGGGGGGGGUGAAAUGGGCAGUGCUUCCAGAUCUAUAGUAGAUAGUUCUUUUAGUCUCUCUGCUCGAGUCUGUUCAGUCUCUCAUAUCAGGAGCAGAGGAGGUUUUGUGCUGAUAACAUCCUGUGAGAUAAUGUAGUGUUCCUAAUGUCAUCCACAGCAUUUUGUGCUUUGGUAAUAGCUCUAAAAAGAAAAAAAAAAGGGGGUAACACCUGGUUAAUAUAUAGAUUUAUAUAUAAUAUGAUUAAAAUAAUUUUCAUUAAAAUGUCUACUGGUGGCCUUCAAAAUGUUAGCGAGGAUUUGUUGUUUAUCUCUCUGAUUUAGUGUCUUAAUGUAAUGACGUGAAGGUUCCAGUGUGCUUGUGUGUAUGACGGCAUAUCUGCUCUUUCAUCACUUUACAACACUGCCAAUGUGCAGUGAAAAAAAAAAAAAAAGACAUGAUUGUCCAGAACACCGGUUGACCCUCUACACUGUCAUGUUUUAUAGUUAGAAGGAAUUUUUUUUCUUUACCAAGGCCUGUUGGAAAUUAUGAUGAUAAAAAUUAUGACGUGGAUACAAGGCCUAAACACUCUUUCUCUUCGCCUUAGAAACGAGCAACCUGCUCUCACUUGUAUUUACAUCACACUUGAGUGGAUAUGAUACUGACAUUUAUUGCUGGUUUCUUGUACAAACUUUAUUUCCUCGAAGAAAUACUUGGGAAAAGACUACAAAGCUGCAAAAUGGCAAAAAGUUUGUUCCAGUGCUGAUGAAAUUUCACUUUAGUGCAGUUUUAUUCAAUAACAAUUAAUGAAAUUACCCUUUUUCACAGCAUUUGAGUAAUAAUUAGCCAUUUUGCAAAUGAAGUGAAUGGUAACUAAGUUACAUGGCAGUAAAAAUUGUUUUAGAAAGUGUGGGAUACUUGGUGUGAUUUUUUUUUUUUUUUUACA